ACUAGACCAGUUGUAAGACACAGCUUCAUCGCUAUGACACUGUAAAUUGUUUCGAUCAAUAAGCUAGCUAUUAUUCCCCAAACUGUGAUUUGCUUUUCCCAUGGAACUAUCCUGUUCAGUACAAUAGUAACAAAUCACCUUCCUCAUAGGUCCACACAGUACUGUACUACAACCCACGCCACCCCACCUUAUUACAACAAAGAAACCUUUCACAGCACCCAACACAUCCACAACAUGGAUCAUGACAUGGGCAUGGCAGCACCACCGCCAUCCACCAUGGUGAUGAUGAAGCGCCGCCAUUUCAUGCACAUGACAUUCUUCUGGGGGACAAAGUCUGAGGUUCUGUUCGACCAAUGGCCCGGGGACAGCCGUGGCAUGUACGCGCUCGCUCUGCUCUUUGUUUUCGUCAUGUCCUUCCUGGUGGAGUGGCUGUCCCACACCCGCUUUAUGAAACCCGGUUCCAACAAGCUCAGUGCCGGUUUGGGUCAGACCGUGUUACACCUCCUUAGAGUUGGUUUGGCAUACCUCGUUAUGCUUGCUCUCAUGUCGUUCAACGCCGGUGUCUUCUUGAUGGCUGUGUUGGGUCACGCUCUCGGCUUCUUCUUCUUUGGUAGCAGGGCUUUCGCUAAACCACACAACGGAUAA